AGGAAUUAUUGUUGCUUUUUUCCCCUUCAUUUUUAGUCAUCGCUUAUUCAAACGUUUGCUCACACUCUCCCCCUUUCCCUCAGCUUCUCCGAACUCGAUCCCAAUGUCCGAACCCCAGCUCCCUAACCCCAACCCUCAACCCGCCGGCACCCCCACUGAGCUACCCGCCCACUCGAUUCCACCCGACCCGCUAUUGGAUUCGGGCUCCUUCAUCGACCCCGACCGCCACGACACCGGGGCUGAGUCCCCCCAACACCACCAAUGUCAACCGGCCCCCAGCGUGGAGUUCGGGCCGGGGGUGGUUAUUGCGGCAGAGCCCAUUUCCAUGUUGGCACCUUCCGAGAACUCGGCGGAGGCCGCACCUCGGUCGGUGAGGAGGAGAAACCCGGAGGAGAUGUCGAAGAGGCCGAGCUGGUUGCCAGAGGACUGGCAGAUUGAUUUGAGAGUCCGAGCUUCUGGAGCUACCGCUGGACUUAUCGAUCGAUAUUAUGUUGAACCAUCGGGACAACGCAAAUUCCGUUCAAAGGUUGAGGUGCUUCAUUAUUUAGAAACGGGAGGUAAACCAAAGAGGAAGUCGACUUCUGAAGCAGAUGCUGGGAGUUCCGCAAGUCCCGCGAGCCAAAAACAAAAGAAGUCGAGCGCAAAACGCAAGAAAUCCGAGACCUUAAAUUCUGAGACUCAUGUCCCCAAUGGCGUUCAGAGAGAUACUCCUCAAGAGAGAUGAAACUGUCGGGACAAGCGUAAGCAAGCUGUAGCAUAUGCACUCCUAGAUUGACGCUGAUGGAAAUGUUGAAACAUUAACAGAGGACCGAGUUCUUUUGAAUUGUUAUAUAUUGUGGACUGGAUUUUAGUUGGAAUUAUAGGCCUUUUACAUGUCCUGAAUACAGAUUUUCAGUUCAAUUCUGCUAGUGCUUGUGAUCUUUGUUCGAGACAGAGUCAAAUAUUUUUUUUCUUGGACAUUUACAGUUGAGAUAGAACAAUCUUGUACUGGAAUUCUCCUUUUGGAGCAGUCUUGCUGACAGAUUUUCUUGGAAUAUUUAUGAUGCAAAAUGAUGUUUCCCAAUUAAGCUCUUUUA